AUGACCCGUGCCACUAAUGCUGCCUUGACCUUCUUUGUGUUAUUCACCAUUUACACUGCUUUGUUGACUGGAACCAUCCCAACUCCAGAACCAAUCUUCUCUCAAAUAAUCCCAUUGUUGCCUUGGUGGGCUCUUAUUUCAUUUGGUGCUUACUCUCUCGGUACCUUAGGUUACGACGUGAUCACUUUCAAGGACAAAGAAGACAAGUACAAGGAAUUGGUCGAACAAAUUGCCGAAGCCAAGACUUUCCUCAAGAAGAACUCUGUUGAUAUUGAGUAA